UAGACAGGUUAUACGUAGCUUCGUUCUUCUCCCAGAGAAGGCAGAAACACCUCAAAGCCUGCAUGUAAGAACAUCUACUGAGAAAUUAUUUUAAUCAGACACCAGUUGAGUGGGGGAAAGAAAAAGAACAGAGAAGAACAAACAAAACUCCCUCAGUCUUGGAUGUAGGAGAACCCAGCUGCAAUGGACUGGCACUCUUUUACAACUGCUGCAGGGCUGUUCAUUUUUCUGGUGGUGGUGGAAGUUAACAGUGAAUUUCGAAUCCAGGUAAGAGAUUACAACACCAAAAAUGGCACCAUCAAGUGGCAUUCAAUCAGGAGGCAAAAACGUGAAUGGAUCAAGUUCGCUGCAGCCUGUCGUGAAGGUGAAGACAAUUCAAAGAGGAACCCAAUCGCCAAAAUUCACUCAGAUUGUGCUGCAAACCAGCAAGUUACAUACCGCAUCUCUGGAGUAGGAAUUGAUCAGCCACCUUAUGGAAUCUUCAUCAUUAAUCAAAAAACUGGUGAAAUUAAUAUCACAUCCAUUGUUGAUCGAGAGGUCACCCCGUUUUUCAUUAUCUAUUGCAGGGCUCUGAAUUCACUGGGUCAAGAUUUAGAGAGGCCUCUUGAGCUCAGAGUCAGGGUUUUGGAUAUAAAUGACAACCCUCCGCUAUUUUCUAUGUCUACUUUUGUAGGACAAAUAGAAGAAAAUUCUAAUGCAAAUACACUGGUGAUGAGACUCAAUGCUACUGAUGCAGAUGAACCAAAUAAUUUGAACUCAAAAAUAGCCUUCAAGAUCAUAAGACAGGAACCUUCUGAUUCACCAAUGUUUAUUAUCAACAGAAACACUGGAGAAAUUCGAACAAUGAAUAACUUUCUAGACAGAGAGCAAUAUAGCCAGUAUUCCCUUGCUGUGAGAGGCUCAGACCGAGAUGGUGGAGCAGAUGGUAUGUCAGCAGAGUGUGAGUGCAACAUUAAAAUCCUCGAUGUUAAUGAUAACAUCCCAUACAUGGAACUGUCUUCCUAUUCCAUUAAUGUUCAAGAAAAUGCUCUAUACUCAGAUUUGCUCCAGAUUAGAGUAAUCGAUUUGGAUGAAGAGUACUCAGCUAACUGGAUGGCAGUAAUUUUCUUUAUCUCCGGAAAUGAGGGAGGUUGGUUUGACAUAGAAAUGAAUGAAAGAACAAAUAUGGGAAUUUUAAAGGUUAUUAAGCCCCUAGAUUAUGAAGAUAUGAAGAGUCUGCAACUUAGUCUUGGUGUCAGAAAUAAAGCUGAAUUUCACCAUUCAAUUAUGUCUCAAUAUAAACUCACAGCAACUGCAAUCACUGUGACGGUGUUAAAUGUAAUUGAAGGUUCGGUGUUCCGUCCAGGUUCAAAGACAUAUGUAGUAACUAGUAACAUGGGACAGAAUUAUAAACUGGGAGACUUUAUAGCUAUUGACUUGGACACAGGUAAAGCUUCAACAACUGUUAGAUAUGUAAUGGGAAAUAAUCCAACUGACCUACUCAAUGUUGACUCAAAAACAGGCAUAAUUACUUUGAGAAAUAGAGUUACCGUGGAACAAUAUAACAUACUUGGGGGAAAAUACCAAGGAACAAUUUUAUCUAUAGAUGAUACUCUUCAAAGAACUUGUACUGGAACAAUUAAUAUUGUUUUUCAAGAUUCUGGCUGGGGUAACAAUGGAAACGUUACUGGUGGUGACAUCAGUCCUGGAAGCGGUGAGACUACUAGUGGAAGUACCACUGGAAAUCCGAACGUAGGUGGUACCACUACUGACACAGGUGACAAAAUGUCCACCGAUGAAGACCCUGUGACCCAGAAAAGGGAAACCAUCAAUCCAAUAUUAAAGCUUUCAGAUAAUGUCCAUUUUGGUCCUGCCGGCAUUGGACUGCUCAUCAUGGGAUUCUUGGUCCUAGGAUUGGUCCCAUUUCUGUUGCUGUGCUGUGAUUGUGAAGGCGCCCCGGGCGGGGGAGCUGGCUUUGAGCCUGUCCCCGAAUGUUCAGAUGGAGCAAUUCACUCAUGGGCAGUGGAAGGCCCACAGCUGCCUCCCGGAGAUGUGACCACUGUCUGUGUACCACCCAUACCACCUGAUAAUGCAAAUCUAAUUGAAUGCAUUGACACCUCAGGGGUUUACACAAAUGAGUAUGGUGGCAGAGAAAUGCAAGAUCUGGGAGGGGGAGAAAGAACAACAGGAUUUGAACUAACAGAAGGAGUUAAAAUGUCAGGAGUACCUGAGAUAUGUCAAGAAUAUUCUGGAACAUUAAGAAGAAAUUCUAUGAGAGAAUGUAGAGAAGGAGGUCUGAAUAUGAACUUCAUGGAAAGCUACUUCUGUCAGAAAGCAUAUGCUUAUGCAGAUGAAGACGAAGGACGCCCGUCCAAUGACUGUUUGCUCAUAUAUGACAUUGAAGGUGUAGGUUCCCCUGCUGGCUCGGUGGGUUGUUGUAGCUUCAUUGGAGAAGACUUGGAUGACAGCUUUUUGGACACACUGGGGCCUAAAUUUAAGAAGUUGGCAGAUAUCAGCCUGGGAAAAGAAAUUGAAGCAUAUCCAGACCCUGAUCCCUCUUGGCCACCUGAGAGCACCGAACCGAUUUGCCCUCAGCAGGGAACAGAGCCCAUCACUGGUGGACACCCACCCAUCUCCCCACAUUUCGGCACCACCACAGUCAUUUCUGAGAGUUCCUACCCCUCAGGACCUGGUGUACAGCAGCCUAUGCCUAUUCCUGAUCCUCUGGGCUAUGGUAAUGUCACUGUGACCGAGUCUUACACCACCUCGGGCACUCUGAAGCCCUCUGUCCAUGUUCAUGAUAAUCGACACACAUCAAACGUAGUGGUGACCGAGAGGGUGGUCGGCCCAAUCUCUGGCACUGAUUUGCAUGGAAUGUUAGAGAUGCCUGACUUGAGAGAUGGGUCAAAUGUUAUAGUGACAGAAAGGGUAAUAGCACCAAGUUCAAGUCUACCCACCUCUUUGACCAUGCCUGAUCCUAGAGAGUCAUCAAAUGUGGUCGUGACAGAAAGAGUAAUCCGACCAGCCUCUGGCAUGAUGGGCAAUCUAAGUAUACACCCUGAGCUAUCAAAUGCCCAAAAUGUGAUUGUGACAGAGAGGGUUGUUUCUGGCUCUGGCAUAAACGGAAUUAGUGGCCCAGCUGGGAUGAGCGGAGGCAGUGCAGCUGGACUAAGUGGUGGUGGCAUUGGGCUGAGUAGCCUGGGAGGAGGUGGGGGCCUGAGUAGCAGCAUGGGAGGCACAGCCACCAUUGGCCACAUGAGGAGCCCCUCUGACCAUCACUUUAGCCAGACCCUCGGAUCUGCCUCCCCUAGUACAGCCCGAAGUCGAAUCACAAAGUACAGUACAGUACAAUAUACGAAGUAGCCAGGAUCCCAGCACACUUGUUCUCAGUAGUGGUGAUUUAGAUUCAACUCCCACCACCAAAAAACUAACAAUGUGAUUUAUGAUGCACAACUCGGUGCUAAGUAACUGUGGAGCGAGGUGAGAAACCACAAUGAGAAAAAUAGAUGGAAACAGUGCUGUUGGACAAGAGCUCUCCUUAGCAUAUGUAAACUUCUUUCUUACAUUAAUACUAAUGGAACCAUGACAGUGAACUAAAACUUGAGACAGGAUCUUCUCUGUGCCUGUAUGCCCUGUAGGGUCUUCUUUGCUUCUGUGUGGCCUGUCUGCUAUCUCCAGCAUAUGGAAUAAAUUAAACUCAGUCACACAUAAGCACUGGCCUUAAGAUGGCUAUUGGCACAAUUCUCCUCGCUCUGUUUUGAUUUGCCAUGUAGCUCAGGCAAUAUUCAGAAAGGACUAACCGUGUAAUAUGAGCUCACAUAUGCAGGAAGAAUUUGAAAUAUGUGCCAAGCACCUGGUCAAUUUCACAGAUAAUAGAAAUAAAAAUCCAACCAUAUAUUCAGACCAUGAUUAACCAGUAAAGAAAACAAAUCUGGCUACACAACCCAGUUCAUAAGCCACCAAACUGGACUACCCUAAUAAUUGCACUAGAUAAAAUAAACCUCAAAUUAGGAAAUGUUUCCUGGGAGGAAAUUUCCAUAAGAGAAUGGCAAUAGGGUGAGAUUCAUUUGGGGAAAAUUGGCAAUGUCUGAACCUGAAUCUUAAGAUGGGCUUCAGCUAAAAUUCCCAUGGAGCCAAGGAGUUUUCUGAUUCUAGUUUGUGUUUAGUAGUAGAUGCAGUGUUUAUGAAUAUUGCAUACUGGCGAGGGUGCAGGAUAUCCACUCACUUUUCUCCUUAUCACUGUGGCUCUGACCUAAUAGUGUAAAUUUGCCAAGUGUACUUCUCUGACUGAAGCAAGUAACAUCUGACAUGGUUGUCAUCCCUAAUGGUAAAUUACCUUCCAAGGAAGCAGAUGGAAACCACAUCGUAUUUUCAGAUGUGUGUUUAGUAAGUGUUACUCAUCUAUAUCCAGCUCUUUAUUAUACAUCUCUUAAGUUAAAAUAAUUUACUUAAGCUGAGCUGUGAAAAAAAGCCUGCAGUAUGGUUAAGCUUUGGGGGAAUUUUUUUUAAGGGGGUCUAAAAAAAGUUUUUAGACAUGUAAAAUGUUUAAUGGGAAAAGUUAGAAUUGUUCUGUAAAGUAAUACUGUAUUAUUAGUUUUAAUUGAGUUUAGUACUUUUUAAAACAACCCUCUGCUGCUAUUUUAAAGGGGUCAACUAAAAACUUUUAACAGAGUUGAUGGUAUUGUGUUAACACAAAUGAAAUUGCACUAGACAACCCCAUAUCCUUACUUUAUCUCACUCCCUAACUAAAUUUUCUCACUAGAAUAAAUCUUGCAUUCCUGAUUUGAUUUGUCAAUAAGCUCUUGGCUUACAUAAUGCUCCAAUUUAUAGAUAAUUCCCAAAUUAUAUAGUAUGAUAUAUUUUUCUAGCUUCAAAAUUUAAUAAUGUAUUAUUUAUGAUAUGUCCUUUCUAUGUUUUGCUAUAUAGUAUUACCCGGUUUAAAAAAUCUCUAAAUAGAAUCAAAGCAUUUUUAGAUGGGGUAAAUUUACUCUAGCAAAGUAGACGAAUUUUUUUCUCUUUUCUAAAUUCAGUGUUAAUAUGAGCUCACUAAAGUGAAACUGGAUAUGACAAAAUCUUUUAAGGAUUAUUCCCCGCCAAUUACUCAAAUUCCCCAGGGUGUUACAAGAUAAAAGAAUUGUCAUUCAACUUCCAACACUUGUCAAAGGGGGCUAGGGAGUGAACUAUUUUAUUAGAGCUAUUUUGCUCUAUCUUAUAGCAGAUGAUGUCAAUAUUUUCAAAGCCACAGUAUACAUCUUAUUUUAUGUCUGUAGACUAUGUGAAAUUUUGACAGUCUGUAGCAUGCCAAAAUGCAGAGGUAUAAAUAAAAUCAUUCACAGGGACUCUUUCUUUUAUUUCUUUCUCUCCCAUUUGGGAGGGGGGGGUUCCAUUAAUGAUGGAUAAUCUUUCCAGAAAUAAAGUCAAAAGGUAUUUGCUGAAAUAUACUUGAGUAUGCGGGACCCAGGAGUUUGAAGGAAUAAAAGUAAUUAUUAAUUAAUUAAAGGGAAUGGUAUCUGACCACAAGUAGCUUAUGUGUCACUUUGAUUUAUCAUCAGAAGUGUUUGUUAAAGAGUCCUGAUAUCUUCCAAAAAAGUUUUUUAGGUUGUCUAACAAAAGCUAGAGUGACCAUCUUCAGUAACUCUUGUUAUUAAGAUCCAUUAGUAAAAAACCAUGGAAGAUAUAAAAAGUGACAAUAUUAGUUGUCAAUCCUUCUAGGAAGAUACUUUCAAAUAAAUUUUUUGUCAGGAUUA